GAAAAAGUUUGUAACAAGCUUUACUGACCAGAGGUCCGGACCAUCUACGCAUAGCAGCAGACACAACGCACAGCCCUUAAGAUGGGAGACCCGAUCCAGUUAAAAGAUGAGGGAAACAAACACUUCCAGUCAGGAGAUAUUGACAAAGCUAUCGAGUGCUACAGUAAUGCCAUCAAGGUGUGCAAGGACAAAAAAGUGCUUGCUGUCAUUUACAGGAACAGAUCUGCAUGCUACCUAAAAAAGGAAAGCUAUACAAAUGCAGCAUCUGAUGCCUCUAAAGCAAUUGAUGUUGACGCAGCAGAUAUUAAAGCCUUGUACCGGCGAUGCCAAGCUCUGGAGAAGCUAGGAAAACUGGACAUGGCUUUUAAAGAUGUGCAGAGAUGUGCCACCCUUGAACCAAAGAACAAGACCUUCCUGGAGACUCUCCGCAGGCUGGGAGCAGAAAUCCAGGCCAAGCUCAAGACAACAUUCUCCACAGAUUCGAGGGUGCAGAACAUGUUUGACAUUCUCCUUGAUGACGAAAUGGAGAAGGACAAAAGAGAAAAAGCAGCAAACAACCUUAUUGUGCUGUCAAGAGAGGAUGCAGGAGCAGAGAGAAUCUUCCAGAAUAAUGGCGUUCCUCUGCUGCUCAACAUGAUAGAGACGGGCAAACAAGAGAUGAUCCUGGCUGCUAUUCGUACUUUGUCAGGGAUGUGCACAGGACACAAAGCUCGGGCCAUGGCCAUCAUUCACAUGGUCGGUGUUGAUAAGAUGUGCAGCAUCAUGGCUGUUGACAACGAGGAGAUCUCACUGGCAACGUGCAACCUUUUCCAGUGCAUUAACGACUCUCUCACUGGUGGAGAUAAAAGGGAAUAUGGGAAAGAAGAGGCUUUGGUUUUGGACGCAUCUAAGGACCUGAAAACCAUUCUCCUCUCUCUGCUGGAAAUGGUUGCUAGUAAGAAGGUGUCUGGUCAUGGCAGAGACCAGGCGCUGAACCUCCUGAGUAAGAACGUACCUCGCAGUACCAAGAAAGAGAAGGACUACUCCAGGACCCUCUUCACUAUUGACCAUGGUCUGAAGAAGAUCCUCAAGGUGUGUGGUCAGGUUCCCGAACUUCCAGAUCAGCUGCCCUUGACAGACAACACACAGCUGAUUGCCAGCGUGCUCCUCAACAAGCUCUAUGAUGACCUCACAUGUGACCCCGAGAGAGACAACUUCAGGGACAUUUGUGAUGAUUAUAUCAAAUCCAAAAUUGACCCCAACGACAUGGACAAGACCCUUCAUGCUGUCAACACCAUCUCGGGGCUGCUUCAGGGUCCCUUUGAUGUCGGUAACGCCCUUGUGGGACGGCAAGGCAUAAUGGAGAUGAUGGUGGCACUGUGUGGCUCUGAGCGUGAGGUGGAUCAGAUGGUUGCCGUGGAGGCGCUGAUCCAUUCCUCCUCGAAGAUGAGCCGCGCCUCCUUCAUCAUCACCAAUGGUGUGUCACUGCUCAAGGACAUCUACAAGAAGACUAAGAAUGAGAAGAUUAAAAUACGUGCCCUUGUGGGUCUCUGUAAACUGGGCUCAGCUGGAGGAGAUGACUACAGUUUGAGGCAGUUCGCUGAGGGCUCCACAGAGAAGCUGGCCAAGCAGUGCAGAAAGUGGCUCUGUAAUCCUCAGAUUGACACCAAAACAAGGAAAUGGGCUAUUGAGGGUCUUGCAUAUCUGACAAAUGAUGCUGAUGUGAAAGAUGACUUUGUUGAGGAUGAACUUGCCCUGAAAGCCAUGUUUGAACUGGCAAAGUCCACUGAUAAGACAAUCAUAUAUGCGGUAGCUUGCACCCUGGUUAACUGCACCAACUGCUAUGACAAGAAAGAAAUUAUGCCGGAGCUGGUUCAACUUGCCAAGUUCUCAAAACAGCAUGUGCCUGAGCAACACCCCAAGGACAAGAAGGACUUCAUUGAGAAGAGAGUGAAAAGGCUGCUGAAGGCUGGAGUAACCUCUGCACUCGCUGUAAUGGUGAAAGCGGAUAAUACGAUCCUGACAAACCAGACUAAGGAGAUGUUAGCAAGGGUUUUCUUGGCAUUGUCGGAGGAUUCCAGAGAUCGUGGUACAAUUGUAGCCCAAGGUGGGGGAAAGGCUCUGAUUCCACUUGCUCUGGAGGGGACGGAUGCUGGGAAGACAAAGGCUAGUCACGCUCUUGCCAAGAUUGCAGCUAUUUCCAACCCAGAAAUCGCCUUCCCCGGUGAGAGGGUGUAUGAGGUGGUGCGGCCUUUAGUUAGCCUCCUUCACACAGACAAAGAGGGGAUACAGAACUUCGAGGCUCUGCGAGGUCUCACCAACUUAGCUGGUUUCAGUGAAAAACUAAGAGUAAAGAUCGUGAAGGAGAAAGCUCUGCCAGAGAUUGAGAACUACAUGUUUGAGGAACAUGACCAGAUCAGACAGGCUGCCACUGAAUGCAUGUGCAACCUUGUUACAUGUAAAGAGGUGCAAGAUAGAUACCUAGAAGACGGUAACGAUAAGCUGAAGCUGCUGGUCCUGCUUUGCGGGGAGGAUGACGACAAGCUUCAGAUUGCUGCAGCUGGAGGUCUCGCCAUGCUCACUGCUGCCCAAAAGAAGCUUUGCACCAAAAUGACCCUGGUGACUACCCAGUGGCUUGAGAUCCUGCAGAGGUUGUGUCUCCAUCCCAACCCUUAUAUACAGCAUCGUGGCCUUGUGAUUAUCUACAACAUGCUCAACUCAGACGACGGUGAGCUGGCCAAGAAGCUGAUUGAGAGCGAGCUGCUGGAAAUCCUCUCGGUGAUUGGCAAGGCGGAGGACAAUCCCAAGAGGCAGGAUCCUAUCGACGCGGCACGUGCAUGCCUGGUCAAAGCUAUGGAUCUUGGUCUCAUCAAACCAUUCACCAACUCUCCUUAAAAUGACAUUUUUCCGGACUUUAAAAACAGACUUUUUUGUUAAAUGUUAUUCCCACAUCAAAGAUAAAAAA